AUGUCUGAGCAAAAUUGGAAAAAGAUCGCCAAAGCGAAGCAAGCGGCCCUUGCGGAAUCUAUUCCGUCCGAGUAUCGCAUCCCCAAGGACCUCCUACCACCGGAUUCACAACUGGACGUUACACCAUGGCCCAAGCAAUCAGGGUGGUUUUCAGAAAAAGAACUGGAAAUCACUGGUAGCACUGCAUCGGACAUUCUGCAAAAGAUCGCAUCGAAAGCAUGGAGUUCACAAGACGUAAUGAAGGCGUUCUGCAAACGCGCCGCAGCAGCACAUCAACUCACCAACUGCUUAACCGAUGUCUUCUUCGAUGAGGCUAUCAAGAGCGCUGCAGCUCUCGAUGAUCACCUCCAGCGCACCGGAAAGCUCGCAGGGUCACUCCACGGCCUUCCCAUUUCGCUCAAAGACAACUUCAACAUCGAAGGCAAAGACAGCACCGUGGGCUUCACAUCUCUAGUCGACAAACCUGCAGAGUACAAUGCUACGCUCGUAGACAUACUGCAAGAGUUAGGUGCAGUGCGAUACUGCAAGACCAACGUGCCCACAGCCAUGAUGAUCGCUGAAUCCGUCAACAACACGUUUGGUCGAACUGUCAACCCAUUAAACCGCGCGCUUACUUCUGGCGGCUCAUCCGGCGGAGAAUCAGCACUUAUCGCUUUUGGCGGCAGUCCGCUAGGUGUUGGUACUGACAUUGGAGGAAGUCUACGGAUUCCAGCUGCGUGCACUGGUAUCUUCACGCUGCGCCCAAGUCAUGGCCGUUUUACGACACAGAGAUGUCGGUCCGGGCUUGCAGGCCAGGAAGCUGUUAAGAGUGUGAAUGGACCGAUGGCGAGGACGUUGGAAGAUAUUGCAUUGUACUCGAAGGCGGUCAUCGAUGCGAAGCCGUGGCUAGUUGAUCCUACAAUGCUGCCUAUACCCUGGCAGCCUGUAGAGCCGAAACAAAAGCUCAAGAUCGCUGUCAUGUGGGACGAUGGGAUAUGUUCGCCUACUCCACCUGUCACGCGAGCUCUCAAGGAGACGGUACAGAAGCUGCAGACUGCUGGACAUGAGUUGGUCGAUUGGGAUCCGAAGCAACUCCACCGCAAGGCCCUGGAACUGCUGGGACGUAUGUUCGUAGCAGAUGGCGGCAAAAGUGUCGAAGCACUACUAAAGCCCACCGGUGAGCCAUGGCGGCCAGAGAUGAAGGUGUACGAAGAUGCCACCGAGCUCGGCACGUACGACAUGUGGAAGCUGCACCUUGAGCGCACAGAAUUACAACGUCAAUACCUCGAGCAGUGGAUGUCUUACGAUGGACUUGAUGCCAUUCUGUGCCCAACGACGCCAUAUGCAACCGUCAAGCACGGCGACUUCAAGUAUGUCGGCUAUACCGGUGUAUACAACGUUGUUGACUACUCUGCUGUUUCAUUCCCCAGCGGCAUAUCCGUAGACAAGGCUGUCGACACACCCGUUGCCGAUUACAAGGCGCUCAGCGACUUUUGUCAAGCUGCCCACGACAGCUAUGACGUUGAGGCUGUGCACGGAAUGCCAGUCAGUCUACAGCUUGUCGCAAAGAGACUCGAGGAAGAGAAGGUCCUUGCUAUGACAGCGACCCUGCUGCAAGCUCUGUAAUCUUCUUCGUACACAUGCAUGCG